UUUGGAACGUCUCACGCGAUUGGUCGCUCGUAAUUUCCCAAGUAACAUCGGGCCACCCGCCAUAACGAACGUGAGCGUGGUACGAGCGAUUGUUUGAAUGAACGUGUCGAAACGUAAUUGACAAGAUUUUCUUAAUUACUACCGAAAUCAGUCGGGUGUACACAGUGCACACGGAACAGUUGUAUGCACGGGAACUUGAUGGUGACAGUCUGAAGUCAUGGAAAUUGGGCAGAAGUUGCAUUUUGAGGCAUGCGACAUUCGGGAUGAGGAGCUGAAUAUCAGCUGUCGCACGAACAGUUCUGGUUGUGAUGUCGACGAUAUUUUAGACUCUUCGGCGGAGGAUCUCGGCUGUUCGCCACCACUUCAACCGAGGAAAUUGUCGUUUAGUAACACGAUGGACUGUAGUGACAGUGAAAAUAAUCAAAGCGUUUUAAUCAACAACAAAACUCCGAUCGGCAACGUGACAGGUACAUCUAGAAUUAGGAUUCCUCCCCGUGAGAAUGUGUGCUCGCAAAAAAUGUCAAUGGCAUGCAGUCCACCCUAUAAGCGUGUUAGGGCGUUGCGUUUAUUUGACUCGCCUGCUACUCCCAAAACCUUAAUGGAGAAGAGUGCGUUGCAUCCUCAGUUCCCUUCCAAGUGUACUAGACUGUUUGCAUUAGAGAAACCAAGGCCUUGUAACUACCAAACGAAAACUGACAACAAACCUGCAGCGAAUGUGAACCCAUUUACACCAAACGGAAUGCUGUUAACUGCAAGGAAGCGUACUAGAUCUAAACGUAGUCUAAAUAGCUCUCCGGACAUUCAAAUCCCGAAGUUCGAUCUCGCCGAUUCUGACGACUCGGACAACGAGGAGGUAGAACAGGCAACGAAACGCGUCGCUUUACAAGACUCCAAUAUCCCCAGAUACCAUCAAGAGUUCCACGAACUCGGGCUGAUUGGUACAGGGGAAUUCGGUUCCGUUUACAAGUGCAUCAAUCGAUUAGACGGAUGCACCUACGCUAUCAAGAAAAGUAUCAAGCCAGUCGCUGGUAGUAUUAACGAGAAGAACGCUUUGAACGAGGUUUACGCGCAUGCUGUGCUCGGUAAACACCAGCAUGUCGUGCGAUAUUAUUCGGCAUGGGCGGAGGACAAUCAUAUGAUUAUACAAAACGAGUAUUGUAACGGUGGUAGCCUAGCGGACGCUAUCGCCAGCUUACAGAACGAAAAUAAGAAUCUCACGGAGGCGGAGAUGCGACAACUUUUGCUACAUGUUGCGGAAGGUUUAAGAUACAUUCACAGUAUGCAGUUGGUACACAUGGACAUCAAGCCUGGAAACAUAUUCAUCUCGAAGGAGAAGAGGUUACUCGCGGUUAAUUACGAUUCAGCAGACGACGGAUUCGACGAAGAGGAAACCGUCGAGGAAGAGAUUACGUAUAAGAUAGGAGACUUAGGCCACGUUACGUCUGUUAAUAACCCCCAAGUCGAGGAGGGUGAUUGUAGAUAUUUGCCGACAGAAAUUUUACGGGAGGACUUUAGCCAUUUAUCGAAAGCUGAUAUUUUCGCCCUUGGGUUAACCGUUUAUGAGGCAGGCGGUAGCGGUCCGUUACCGAAAAAUGGACCGGAAUGGCAUGACAUUAGGAACGGAAACUUGAAAGAAUUGCCACACUAUAGUCGCGACCUUAACGAAUUACUUAAAUUAAUGAUCCAUCCGAACCCUGAAAUGAGACCAUCGGCAGUGUGUCUCAUUCAACACAGAGUACUGUGUCCGUUUGGAAAUAAAACAAAGGCGCAGCUUCGACGGGAAUUGAACGCGGAGAAGCUUAAAAAUGAAAUUCUCUCGAAGCAAUUACAGGAAGCGGCGAAGUGUCUAAAAACCAUUGCACCGAACGUGGCGGCCAUGAGUACAAUGAACGCUGGAGGCUACAAGUUGAGACCGACGCCGACCAGAACAUCGAUACGAGCAGUGGGUAAAAAAGUCAAUCGAAGUAAUAGCACUACGAAUUUUUGAAAGUUCUGUGUUAUAUAUUCUUUUUUUGCUGGACUAAAUGAGGGAAGGGGGGAAGUAAAGGUGCUUAAGGAAUAAAUAAUUCUUUUAAGUGCCUUGACAUUGUGAUAUGAAUUAACUCUAGUUUGUAAGUGAAAAUACUGAUCGAUAUUUGAUGAAUACGGGAACGCAAGAUCGAUAUGCAGAGUGAAAUUGCAUGAUAGUCAUGGGUAAACUUUCUUGCCACGAUGAAGGUAUCGAAUUGAUGAGACGAGUG